AUGAGCAACGAUAUGCGCCAAGCCCCAGGGGCUGGUAGCAGGUCCAAACGGCGAUUGACCGACGCCGACGAAGAUGCCAGACGCAUGGCUGCUGACGACAAUUCCGCGCAAUCCAAGCGACAGCGAGUGUCGCGUGCCUGCGACAGCUGUCGCUCCAAGAAGGAUAAAUGCGAUGGGGUGCAGCCGGUCUGCUCGACUUGCGCAUCAUUAUGUCGACCUUGCACUUAUAAGGCCAACCCCAAGAAGCGGGGUUUGCCGACCGGAUACAUUCGCACGCUGGAGUUGCUGUGGGGACUAGUCUUUUGCAAGAUUAAGGGGAGUGAGGAUGUGGUCCGCGCCUUGCUCAGGGCAGCCAAUAUGCCGAGUCACCUGGCUACUAUGGGCAAAGAGACGGAGGGUUCCGAUGACCUUGUUUCGUCCUGGAAGAAUAGCAUUGUUCUCAAGGAGAUAGAGCGCAUGUUGACUUUUUUGGACCAGCCUGAAGAGGAACAGGACAAGGCAAUUCGAGGACCUGGGGAGACGGACUCUCCGGAAGCUGGGGGGAGCAGUGCGCUCUCGGACACCCUCGAGUGGCAGCUACCUGAAGGUGUCACAGAUGCGUGUCGAGAAUCACGGACUUCUUGUCUAUCUCCUUCCAAAACGCCCUCAUCUGGACCUUUCCCCAGUCACCUGCCACCUCGUACCACAAAAGACAGCGGCACCCAGACGGUCCUCAGUCCAAAUACCAUUGGCGCCUCUACAGAGAGCCUGUUGUCGCAGCCUUUCAUACAUUCGCAAGCCUCAAACCCCCCUCGACUUCCCUCCAAUGUGUGGACACUGCUUGAUGUCUACUUUUCUUACACGCAGUGUUGGUUUCCCAUUCUCGAGAAGCAUGAUAUACUUCGAACAGCAUUCCGGCAGUCUGAAGAUAAUGUGCAAAUUUCGCCUCGGACCGCAGGAUCCGGGGACUAUGCUGCCCUUUGGGCAGUUUUGACUCUGGCGUCCAUGCAAGAGAGGUCUAUCGCCGCCACACGUCAGGUGGCCGGUUCCCCAAACCGGCCACGCUCUAGUCAGCUGUACGCCACAGCGAAAAUAUUGAUACCCGCCGAGGAUGACAUUCAUGAGAUUGGGCAUGUGCAGGCGCUUUUGAUAUUAUCCUUAGUUAAACUCGGACAACAAGAAUGGAAUGCUGCAUGGAUGCUGGUAGGGCAAGCGGUUCGAAUUGCACGGUGGCUGGGUUUGGGAUCUCCACUGACUGGCGUGGCUGGAGAUGAGAAGGGCUCGGCACGGUCAGAACAUGUCUUUUUAGGCUGUUUCGUACUGGAAACACUGAUUGCCAUCAAAACUGGUCAGGCACCGUCGCUACGCAAAGAGGAUCUUGUCAAGACCGGCCCGAUCAAUGAGGAUGGUCUGGAGGAAUGGCAUCCUUGGGAAGAUCAGACCGGUCUGCGACCCGCAGAAUCGUCGCGUGGUCCUUCCCACCGUGGGCCCCUUCAUGCUCUCAGCACAUUCAACCGGCUGGUCUCUUUGAUGUGUAUCUUGAACGAGGCUUCUUGCACAAAGCAAUUGGAGAACAAUCCGACACCACAACUCGAGGCGCUGGAACGCCAGUUACAACAUUGGGUGUCGGCCCUCCCCAAAAGCUACCGUGUUGACUUGCAAAGUCCGACAAGGCUUGCCCCGCCUCAUAUAUUCGGAUUGGAAAAUGAUGGUGAUAAACACAUGUCAGACACGAGAAAGAGUUAUGCGAUUGAGAGCUUAAAGAGACUCCUGCUGCUGUUGCAGAAGUACAUGGAAACUUAUAGCCUGGCGGCGACAAGCCCAAUUUUCGGAAUGCUUUUGACGUUUGGUAUCUCCUCGGGGGAGAGACAAGAUGCGCCAGGGGUGUUUGAACUUGAUCUUGGGCUCAAGAACAAACUUGAAGCGUACUCAUCGCAUCUUUCUACGGUAUGGUCGCAGGACAGCGCGACAGAGGGAGCUGGCUUCUCACUGAGAGCGGAGGAUGCGAUCGUACCGAUGUCGGCAGCUGACCGGCUAACUCAUCUACAUAACGUUGAUGCAUCUGCUCGACGUGCGUCGUCGGACAGUAUGGCUGGCCAUCCUGCCUUGCAGCCCUUGGGUGGCAGUGGACAACACGAGAUUCGGGCUAUGUUCUCCACACCGGACUCGUUCUUGACAAGUGCCUGGGCAAGGACGCCGAGUGUCGAAGACAACGUUGCUCUGUCUCUACCUACACCUUCCGUCAGGGGAACCGCCGGACCUUCGCAUCACGCCUCCCAACUACAAAUCCCCACCCAGAGACCUCAUUCUUCGAUCUCGUCCGCUCCAAAGCUCAUCAGUGACAGAAGUACAAUACCAGACAUACCGUCGCCCUUUCCCGUAAACAMGCCCCAGUACCAGCAGACGUAUAGUGAUCCGAAUCUACACCUUGGGACAUUUGUUGAUAUUGACGGAUAUGCAUCUUUACGCCGACCGCGAAUCGCGCCAGACCUUGAUGCAUUGUUUGACGAGCUGGCAUCGUUGGAUGGUACCGAGAAGGGUGACAACCAGCCCGAGUUUAUGCAGAAUCUAGGGUUUGUCCCUGACGCCGGGCUUUCGGGGCUGUACUCGUACUCCAGUCAAGAGCCUUUUCUCCUGGCACAGACGCAGCAACUUUCCGAGGGUUCUGCGGUCGUACACCGAGAACGACAGCCGAAGAGAUGA